AAGAGCUGAUAGGGCAGCUCUCAGGGUCCCGCUCUUGAUAUAAAGAGUGGGCUGAUAUUGGAGUGCGAGCUAGUUCACUUGACCCGGCUCACUUCUAGGAUGAGUACCCUCCAGUCUCUGCUUCUCUUGGCGGUGGGCCUCACCUUUGCCCACUCGUUGGACUUCAAGGCUCUGCACCAGUUCAGAAAGAUGAUUCUGUGCGUGAUGCCCGACAGCUGGCCUGCUCUCGACUACGCCGACUAUGGCUGCUACUGUGGAAAGGGAGGCUCCGGCCCACCUGUGGACGAUCUGGAUAGGUGCUGCCAAGUGCAUGACCUUUGCUACAAUGACGCCAUGCAGCACCCUGACUGCUGGCCCGUCUUUGACAAUCCUUAUACUGAGAUUUAUGACUAUAGCUGUGACAAGGAUAACAAGAAGGUCACCUGUGGCAACAAGAACAACGAGUGCGAGAUGUUCAUCUGUGAGUGUGACAGGAAGGCUGCUGAGUGUUUUGGCAGAUCCCCUUGGAUCCCCGAGCACGAGCACCUGCCAAGCGACCGCUGUCAUUGAAGGGGACUCGGAGAAAGUAGAUUCUUUUUUUAAUUUGUUGAUGAUCCCUGACAUUUUACAAAUAUCAAUGUGCACAUUAUAUACCAGCACUUGCAACUUAAUGGGACCCCGUUGCCUAAAACCAUCCACCAUUAAUCAUGUGCUGAAAUAGUCUUGUGAUGUUUGUAAUGGACACAUGUCGUUAUGCCACCCUCGCCAUAUAUCACAUGCUGUUUUAACCACAGAGGCCACUACAGUCUUCCAAUUUAUUUCCUAGUGUGGAGGGUGUAGGGUGGAGGGUAAUCAGCUCUGGAAUAAAGAAAAGAACUGCAUUUUGUAUUGUUGUUUCACUCCUAAGUUCUUGU